CACGAAUUGAUUACUUAUCAAGGCGGCUCACGGUGGGACUGGGUCGGGAUUGUACCACGGACACGGUCGUCUCCAACAAGAUAUCCUGACAUCAGUGGUGACUUUAGAUCGGCGCCAAGUAUCGGUCACGUCGCAGCACUAAUAAUAUGAGCCAAUGUGCAGUUUCCCAACCGUUGCGCCUCCAGUAUCCAAAACCGCGUUCCGUAGGGCAGUAGGGCUGCUGCCGCGUGAUGUCACCGCCGAGGGAAAAAAAUAAUACGCUCGUUAUGGUUACCCCGACUAGACAAUUUGAUUUCCCCUCUUUUUGAUUCUGUCCUUCUCCAUUCCCCCAUCGCGAAAUAAUCCACAGCUAUGCAGAAACUCAAGGAAAAGUUUGAACAUGAAGUCGAUCAUUUAGAGGAGAAAUUCCGAGACUCUCAUCUCCACGAUGCAAAAGCGUCGGCAACACACCUGAAGCACAAAGUGGGCAAAUUCUUCAACAUCGUCAACCCAAACCACCGCCAUGACGAAGAACAUGAACAGGCGACGGACCGGAAGCGCUCGGCAAUUGCCGAAUCCCAUCGCUUCCAGUCCUUCGCCCCCGUUCGCGAGGGGAAUCGCGUCAAAUGGUAUGUCGAUGCCAUGGACUAUCUGUGGGCUGUCUCCGAGGCUUUGGACAAGGCCACUGAGACCAUCUACAUUGCCGAUUGGUGGUUGUCACCGGAGUUGUUCCUCCGUCGCCCGCCCGCCCAACAUCAGGAAUGGAGAUUGGAUCAUAUCUUGAAGCGUCGCGCGGAAGCUGGUGUUAAGAUUUAUGUCAUUGUCUACAAGGAGGUGAACCAGGCGUUGACCUGCAAUUCUGCGCAUACCAAGCAUGCGUUGCAAAACCUUUGCCCCGAGGGCUCACCGGGUCAUGGUAAUAUUCGGGUUCUGCGUCAUCCAGACCACAAUGUCUUUGAAAAUGCCGCUGAUAUGACUCUCUACUGGGCACACCACGAGAAGUUUAUCGUGAUUGACUAUGCCCUGGCAUUCAUCGGCGGCAUUGAUCUUUGCUUUGGCCGGUGGGAUGCCAACCAGCACCCACUGGCCGAUGUGCAUCCGGCUGGCUUGCGGGACGACAUCUUCCCCGGGCAAGACUUCAACAACAACCGUAUCAUGGAUUUCCAAAGCGUCCAAGACUGGCAGAGCAAUGAAUUGAGCAAGGUUGACUUUGGGCGUAUGCCGUGGCACGACGUAGCCAUGGGCUUGGUCGGUGAUUGCGUCUACGACAUUGCAGAGCACUUUGUGUUGCGCUGGAACUUUGUCAAGCGGGACAAGUACAAGCGUGCCGAUAAUGUAGAUUGGCUGAUGAUGGAAGGCAGACUCGGUGAUGAUGAGGAUUUGGUUGCCGUCCAACGACCGAAAUACCCCUGUGGCGAGUACAUUCAGCAUCCACUGUCGCCGUUGUCGACCAAGCCGCAUGGACAGCAAGGGUCCGUUCGUGCCCAGAUUGUGCGCAGCAGUGACGAUUGGAGCAGUGGGAUUCUGAAUGAGCACAGUAUUCAGAAUGCCUACUGUGAGAUCAUUCGCAAUGCAGAGCACUUUGUUUACAUAGAGAACCAGUUCUUCAUCACUGCCACGGGCGACCAGCAGCGUCCCAUCUUCAAUACCAUCGGUCGCGCGAUUGUUGAUGCUUGCGUUCGAGCAGGCAAAGAGGGCCGCAAAUUCCGUGUCAUCAUCGUCCUUCCCGCCAUUCCGGGCUUUGCAGGCGACCUGCGGGACUCUGCUGCAACCGGCACGCGUGCUAUCAUGGACUACCAGUACAAGUCCAUCUGUCGUGGCGAGCAUUCGAUUAUGGGCCAGAUUGAGAAGGCAGGCGUGGAUCCCAAGCAACAUAUCUUUGUGUUCGCACUCCGCGCCUAUGACCGAAUCAACAAGACCCCCGCCCUUGAAGAACUCGAGAAAGAGGCCGGUGUCACCUACCAAGAUAUCCAGCGUGGUAUCGCCGAGUCAAUCAUGGGGGAAAGUGUGCACCCUUCCGUCGGUACAGAAGGCGACAAGAACGAGAAGAGCUAUGAAGCCGAUGACGAGCAAAAACAGAAGAAUCUGAAGAACCUGGAAAAGUUCGAGGAGCAAGUCGAGAAACGGAAGGCACAACAGGGCGAUGCCGGUAAAGACUCGGUGGCUCACACUACCAUGUUGAACGGCGGUAAGAUGUCGGACGAGACGUGGGAGGGUGACCCGGAAGCCGAGAAAGACAAUAUCGUCCAGGAGGAGCUGUAUGUGCACGGCAAGGUGUGCAUUGUCGAUGAUCGAAUCGCCAUCUGUGGAAGUGCCAAUAUCAACGAUCGGUCUCAGCUUGGCUCCCAUGAUAGCGAGCUCGCCAUCGUCAUGGAAGAUCAAGACUUUAUCGACAGCGAAAUGGACGGCCAACCGUAUCGAGCAGGCCGCCACGCCGCCACUCUCCGUCGCCAGCUCUGGCGCGAACACUUGGGCCUCUUACCGGCGCAAGACUACGACGCCGCACGCCACCCGAACGCUCAACCGCCCGAUGUCUGUCUCAACGAGAUCCUGGAAGACACACACAACAACUUCGUGACUGAUCCGCUUAGCGAUGCGGUCUGGAACACCUGGACAGAUCAGGCGAGCGUUAACACCGAGACGUAUCGGAUGUUGUUCCGGGCCGAUCCAGACGACAAUAUCAAGACCUUUGAGGAUUAUGACAAUUUCCGUCCGCGUGGGUCGCACAAGGAGGGUCAUCUGUUCGAUCCUUAUUUGCCGGCGAAGGAAGUGCGUGAGAAGCUGGAUCGGAUCAAGGGACACCUGGUGUGGCUACCGCUCGAGUUCUUACGCGACGCGGAGAUGGCCGAGCCUGGUCUGGCCGUGAACCAAAUCACCGAGAGCAUCUACACGUAGACAUUGACCCGUUUUCAGCCCAUUUUGCACCAAAGCAUUCUGGAGACUUUGUGGAUAUUCGACAGCACACGUCCCCCCGCCAAUCGAGAGGGAUUACCCGCACCGUACCUCUUUCUCUUCUCACCGCUCAUACUUCUUUCUCCUGCUAUGAUGGAUCGUGCACAUACAAUCGCAUUGUCCAUAGGCUGUUCUAUUUCGAUCCGCAGGCGCUAUCUCAUCGUUUCGAUUUUCCCUCUGCACAUAAAAAUGCAUAGUUUUCCCUCACCCUCAAUGCAUAUCGAUGAUAUCCAAAAAAAGUAAUCUAGCCACUUCCUAAGCUAGCUAUUAAGUACUGUA